UGGGAGCGAAGGGGAACCGGCAGAAACCGCGUUCAUAUUCUUUUUAAAAAAAAAUGAAACUAUUGUGCUUAUACUUGGUUAUGCUAGACGAUUUAUUCCAGAACAGUUCUUUCAGAACGUGAUACUUCAUCGAGAGAGUUUUAUCUACUACCUCCGUUCCGGUUUAUAAGGCCUCUACCAAAUUAUGGGUGGAAAGAAGUAUAGUACAAGUUAAUUGGAUAAAAUUAUAAAUUAUAAUGCUACAAAGUUUCAAAUUCAAUUCAUACAUGGAGGAACAAAAGGCAGGUCGUGCAAGAAGGAACAAAAGUUUGCGGUAUCCAAAUCUACGCUGGAGAAUUGGGAUUGAGACAAACAAAGUAGCUUCCUUAUGUCCGCUGAUCUCCUGAUUACUCCAUGCACAAGAGACAACAACAUAACCUUGUCAUUUGCAGUGCGUCCCAUUUCUUUAUCCUAGAAACUCACACCAUUCAAAUACCUACAAAACCCACCACAUUGCCACAGACGGCAUGCACCAUUCUUCACAAUGCGCGGCAACUUCUGCAACCUCACGAUCCUGCUCUUAGCGGCGGCGUCCGUCCUGCCCGCGGCAGCGGCAGCGGACGCCGUCGACAUUGCUAUCUACUGGGGCCAGAACGCCAGCGAGGGCACGCUCGGCGACACAUGCGGCACGGGACUCUACGCCUACGUCAACCUCGCCUUCCUCUCCACCUUCGGCGCCGGUCGGGCUCCGGUCCUCGAUCUCAGCGGCCACUGCGACGCCCCCUCGGGCACCUGCGCGGCCCUGGCCAGCGACAUCGCGUCCUGCCAGUCCGCGGGCGUCAAGGUGCUGCUCAGCAUGGGCGGCGGGCUCGACGACGCCGGCGCGCCCGGAUACAACCUGUCCUCGCCCUCUGACGCGCAGCGCGUGGCCGCCUACCUAUGGGACAACUUCCUCGGCGGCACCGGUGAAUCCCGGCCGCUGGGGGACGCCGUGCUCGACGGCAUCGACUUCGACAUGGAGGCCCCGUCCAGGUACUACGACGACCUCGCCAGGAACCUGACGUGGCUCUACAAGGGCGCUGCCACGGCCACGCCCACGGGGGUGGAGAAGAAGAACAAGGCGUACCUGCUCACCGCGGCGCCGCAGUGCCCGUUCCCGGACGCGUCCCUGGGCGGCGCGCUCGGCAUGGGGCUCUUCGACCACGUGUGGGUGCAGUUCUACAAUAACCCGCCGUGCCAGUUCGCCGCGGACGCGAGCGCGCUGCAGAGCGCGUGGCAGCAGUGGACGGCGGCCUUGCCGUCGGCGACCGUGUUCCUCGGUCUGCCGGCGUCGCUGGAUGCCGCCGGCAGCGGGUUCGUCGACGCCGACACGCUCGUGUCGCGGGUGCUGCCGCUGGUGGAAGGCGCGCCUAACUACGGCGGCGUCAUGCUGUGGAGCCGCUCCUACGACAAGGAUUCUGGAUUUAGCGUCAAGCUGCAGGCCAACUUACAAAACAGGAACACAGGGAACGGCACAUCAUCAUACAGAAAAAGAAUCUACACCAUAGUAGGAGUCGUCGCUGGCACAGUCCUGCUGCUCCUGCUUCUUACCACUUGUUUCCUGUGCCAUAAGAAAUACCGUAGCUCGUCGCCUCCUGAAGAGGGAUCAACGACACCUCCAAAGACAGAACAAUUCCAGCAAAAGCUGAUACCCCAACAUCCGCAAAGAUACACUUACUCAGACAUCCAAAGGAUGACCAAAACCUUCGCUCACAAGCUGGGCCAAGGCAGCCACGGCGACGUUUACAGAGGCAGCCUCCGAGAUGCGCGCCAGAUCACGGUGAAGGUGCUGAAGAACUGUAAAGGCAGCGACAAGGACUUCGUGAACGAAGUUGCUAGAAUCGGCGGAAUUUCUCACGCCAACGUCGCUCCUCUGCUGGGGUUUUGCUUGCAGGGGCCAACAAGAGCUCUGAUAUACGAGUACAUGCCCAAUGGCUCGCUUGAAAGCUAUGCCCUCAACAAUAACGAGGAGGACUCCGUAGAGGAGAACUACUCUCUAUGGCUGUACUGGGAGAAGCUGUUCGACAUUGCGGUGGGUGUCGCGCAAGGGCUAGAGUACCUCCAUGAAGGGAUUGGUGAUAAUGACGUGCAUAUCAGUGUCAAGCCCCGGAACAUCUUGCUGGAUCAGGAGCUAUGCCCAAAGAUUUCUGAUGUUGGUGUGGCGAACCUAUGCUUGUUGAAAGAAAGCAAGACAUCUCACGAUGUAAGGGAGAGAGAUGGAUAUGAUGCACCUGAGUCAGUAUCCAGGAAAUUUGGUGCGGUCAGUAGCAAGUCUGAUGUGUACAGCUACGGUGUGAUGGUCCUUGAGAUGGUUAGAGCGAAAAGGCACGUCAAGGUUGGUGCUGACACUACCAGCAAGUAUUUUGCUCAGUGGCUCUAUGAGCACUUGGAUCAGUUUUGCAACAGCAUCUCUGACAUCAACGGCGACACGAGAGAUCUUGUGAGGAAGAUGAUUAUAGUCGGGCUGUGGUGCGUGCAGGCAGCACCUAUGAGUCGGCCAUCAAUGAGCAGAGUCAUUGAGAUGCUAGAAAGUAGCAGCACAGACCUGGAAUUGCCAAGAAGAAUCUCUUGAAGCGUAAAAGACAUGGUUGCAUACAUUGUUGAUUGUUCAUAUUAUCGGAAGUAGGGCGUGUAUGCUGUCGACCUGGUUUUGGAUCUGUUUAGUGUUGAAUUUGAGGAGAGCACAUAAGUAGCUGAUUGUCGUUUAAAAGUAGUACUCUCUCCGUUCCAUAAUUCUUGUCUCAAAUUUGCUCCGAAAUGGAUGUAUCUAUUUCUAAAAAGCGUCUAGAUACAUGUGAAAUUUCGAGCAAGUACUGCCAACU